AUGAUUGACGUAUCGUUGAAGAUUGUUUAUUAUGUUCUUGAUCAUUUUAAUUUUGAAUCUUUGAAGGUGGAGUUUGAUAAUUAUGAAGUUAGUGUUGAUAGUAAGUCUGUUCAAGAGAUGUUAGGAUUACCAUCUGGUGGCUCAUUACUUUCAAACAUGGAUUACAUUUCGAAGAAUAAUGAAGAGAGCUGUAUGUUUGAGUGGAAGAAACGGUUUGAAAAUAUUGAUAAAUUGAGAUUGAAACAGCUAAUGAAUGAACUUGUUCAAACUAGUGCUGCUGAUGACAACUUCAGAAUCAAUUUUUUGGUUCUUUUUAUUAAUACUUUCUAUGAGUCUACAAGCAUGGGUAAAUGUAAUCUGAAUCCAUUGUAUUUAAUCAGAAGAGAUAUUGAUUUAAGUAGCAUUGACUGGUGCGAUUACAUUGUGGAUUGUUUGGUAAGGACGAAGAAGGUUUACAAUCCAGAGAAAGAAUCUUCUUUCUUUUAUGAACCAGCAACAUACCUUAUGUUGUUGUAUGUGGAUACUUUCAAGUUUGAUCAUUUGCAAGUCACACGUAAACGUCCAACUAUUUUUUAUUGGACGUCAGAGAAGAUAAGGUUUCUUGAGGAUAUUUUACAAGAGACUGGAGGAUUUGGAUGUGGACAUGUUAAUGAAGCAUAUGUUGAAGAAGAAUUUCAAGAAUCUGAGUAUAAUGAGGAGGAAUUUGGUGGUGAUGAGGUUGAAUCUGAUGGUGAAGAGGAUUUAUGUGAUGAGGAUGAAGAAGAUUUUGAUGUUAAUAAAGUGUAUGAAAGUAAAAUUUCAUGUAUGUAUCAGAAGAUGGAGGAUUUGAAAAAGGAUCUUGUUGUAAACAUAGAUGAGGGAGUGUUGAAGUUUCCUCAAAGUCAAAAUUUGAAAAAUUGGAAAUUGUUAUUUCCUGUUGAAGAUGUAAGCACUGAAAGAUUUGAUUUCCGUUAUGUUUCACAAAAAUAUAAAGAACCGAUAUUAACACCUGGUUUUCUUCAAGUUAAUGAUGAAGAUUAUGGGAAUGAUUUUCUUAAUGAUGAUGAAAAUGUUGAAGAUUAUGAUCAAGGGAAAUGUUCUGGUGGUCAGGGGGAUGGAAGUGGUCCACAUGAGGGCAAUAUUGGUAAAAAUCACAUUGAAGGUACUGAUGGUUGUUUAAAUCAGAAACUAGUUGAAGAUGAUGUGAGUUUGAAUUUGACUGGUAUUGAUGAUCGGACUGUAAAUUUGGGUGAGGAUGAUCACAAGAAUAAAGUAAUUUCAGAUCGUACUGUUGAUAAAAUUAUUGUAGCAAAGAAUGACGGAGAAGGUGAAGAUGUUGAAGAUUGUUCAAAUAAAAAUAAAGAUGGAGAAAAUGUUGAAGAUUGUGCAAAUAAAAACAAUGAUUCAAAUGAGACUCGAUCAUUGAAAAAUGAUCUUGUUCUAAGUUUUAGUCUUAGAUUUAGUCAAGAUUCUGAAGGUUCCAAGAAGUCAUCUCAAAGUCAAAUUUCUUCUGAACGGAUGACAAAGAAAAAGAUUAAGGAUAGAGUUAUUUUGGGAAACCCAAGUACUGGUCUAGAGUGUGUUAUUCCAAAUGUUGAUGUUAUUGAUGCUAAUCCAGUUUCUUUUGCACCCCCUUUGGGUACAUUAGAAGGACCAUCAAAACCUAUUUCUAGCAAACAUAAAGAUAUAAAUGAAGAAGCAACCUCAGUAGUGGAUGUCAAAGGAAAGAGACAAAUGAAGUUUUCUUAUGUUUAUAAGUCACCGUUUAAGGAAAGGUUGAUUAAUUUUAAACCUUGUUUGACACAAGUAGAAAAUGUUGUUUGUGAAUGGCUUUUCAGUCUUCAAGGAAAUCCAGGUCUUCUUAACUCAUGGUCUCGUAUACUAAAUCAUGAAAAGAAAUUCAGAGAUGUUGUUAAUUCUCCACUCAGAUUGUUCAUGCAUUUUGACACUACUUUGUUAUUUGAAUAUACUCAUUUGAAUGAAACUGGAAAAUAUAAAGUUUUCAAGGAGAGCUUUUCUCGUAGUGUUUUUGGUGAUAGAGACUUGAAGGUUUUGAAGGAUGUUGAUAUGGUAUUUUUCCCGGUUUUGAGGCAUGAGCACAUAUAUCUUAUUGUUAUGAAUCUGAAGAAACGUGCUUUUGAGGUUAUCGAUAAUGGUGCAAAUGAUGCUGAUUUCAAUGAUAAGUAUUACUACUAG